AGGCCUGGCCCGGCCCCCGCUGUUUGCUCACGCAGGAGGGGUUGGGUCGCGGGUUCACCUUGACCGGCAGCCAACGGGGCAGCGGCAGGUACAGAUCCCAACCGGAGCCACCCCGGCACCCCCGGAGCCGGGCGGCUGCAGCGCACACCGGGAGCUGCAGGGCGCAGCGGCGAUGGCCGAGAGCCACGGCUGGUGGAAGCUGACGUUCCUGCGCAAGCGGCAAGCGGCACCCACGGUGCUGUACGAGAGCCCCGACAGCCUCGGGGCCGGUACCGGUACCGGUGCCGGUGACAGCCAGGAAGGGCCGGGCCCGGAGGGGCCGCCAGGGUUGGCGGUGAGGCUGGAGAAGCUGGUGGAUAAGAGCAGCAAGGGCAAACACGUCAAGGUCUCCAACUCGGGGCGCUUCAAGGAGAAGAAGAAAGUGAGGGCGACGCUGGCCGAGCACCCCAACCUCCGUGCCGGUGGUGGUGAACAGGAGGAGAAGUGACCCCGAUCAUCAUCACCUCCCAGUGCCAGCCCAUGGUGAUUGGGAAGGGGAAAUGAGCGGUGUUGAGUGAUGGGACAAGCCAAGACCCUGGGUCAUUGCAGCCAGAGGGAGAACUGGGAAUCAGAGCCAGGCUCCUGGACUGGAGGAGACCCCCGAGCACUGACUGGUUUGUACUGGGAUGAGGAUGCUCACCCUCGUUGCUUGCUAUGGAGCACCGGAGUCAUCGCACACCCGGUUCUACCACGGCUCCGAUACCAUUCCCGAUCCCCUCCUACCCAUCCCUCC